CCCCCCCUCCCCGAUUCCCCUACCAAAAUGGCGGCCAGAGCCUGCCCUCACCGCCUGCCCUCACCCAAGAUGGCUGACGCGGGGCUGGGCGGGAGCGACGUCACCGCAGAGCAGCGCCCCUCCUCCCCAAGAUGGCCGCGCGCACUCCCCGCCGCCGGCGCGUUGCCCUUAGCCAAGGUGGCGGAAGGCCUAGUGGAGGAAACGGUGCCGCGCCCUCUCCUAAGAUGGCGGGCGCAGCGUCAGCGCACCGCCCCGGCGCCAGGCCUCACCGCUGCGCGCUGGGCGUAGGGGCGGGGCGGGAGAAAGCGAAAGUGGCGGAGGGACCGGGUCGGCCGCGGCGGCGGGAGCGGGAGAAGCGGGAGAGGGGAGAAGCGGGAGAGGGAGCUCCCGGCGGGAGGCGGCCGGGCCCCGGCGAGAGGCAGACGGGCCCCUGCUGGGCGCGGGACGCGCGCCCCCUGCCGGGCCGGAGGAGCCGGCCGGGGCGGCGUCGGGGGUCCCCCCUGUCCCCCCGGGCGGGGCUGCGGGACGCGGGGACCCCCCCCCAACCCCGGACCCCCUUCCCCGACCCCCCCCGGCCAUGGCGCGGCUGGAGGCGGUGGCCAACGUGGCGCUGCGGGUGCCGGGGCUGGCGCUGCUGGACCUGCUGUACCGCUGGGACGCGGCGGCCCUCGGCGACCUGCUGCGGCCCCGCCGCGGGGACCCCCCCCCCCUGCUCCGGCCCCCCCGCCCUACGGGGCGCCUACUGCCUGGGUUAGCUGUAACCAGAGGUUCUGCUGGGAGACUCCCCUCCGGUCCCUGCCAGAUACUUUUUACUCAACUUUCCCAAGAAAAGGGGAACUUGCUGAGAUUGUGCGGUCGAAAUUGGGAUCACUUGUGACCUUGCGGGUCUCAGGGGACGUUCCCCUUUCCAGUGUCCUUCUUGUUUACAGCGUGCACACUGAUUCGGGCCCAGGGGCUGGCUGAAUCCCACUGGUGACCCCAGUCCAGUUCCUCUCCCUCAUCCCAUUCUUCGACCACAUCCCCUUCCUCGAGGAAUAACUCCUCUGCUUCGUCCCACACCAGCUGCUACUUCCAGAGCAGCUGUUAACCUUGCAUUCAUUUUUACUCUGUAAUUCAUCUCUAUUUCUAUAUGCCACCCAAGCAACUUCUAAUAAUUUUCCCCAGUCUCAAGAAUCUGCUGAGACAAGGGGAGUCAAAAGAAUCUCGGUAGACAUAAU